UCUCUCUGACUAGGACUCUUAGGACCAAACGCAUUCAAGCCUGGUAUGUCCAUUAUCUUAUAUAUAGAUGUACUUUUAUGCUCAGAGGAAAAGUGAAUUUAGACAGAAAAAACAGAGAGAGAGCUAGAGUCAGAGGAACUAAAGUGAACAUGGAUGCUUGUUUUCUUACUUCAAGAUCAAUCUCUGGUGUUAAAGAGAUAGUCCCUUUCAUCAAAACCAGAGUCUUUUCUUGUCCCAAGAGAAACUCCAGCCAGUUUCUCACCAGGAAGGUUGCUGCUCCGAUCUCUGGAAAAUGUUCUCUUUCGGAUUCAUGGAAGCCACUGGAGGAUAAUACUGAGCUCUUCAAGGAUUGUGUCAACAAAUCUAAAACAGAAGAUGACUGGAAAGAGUUCAGGGCAAGGCUCGUAGCUGGGGAACAAGCUGCAACCACCUCUGACAUGGUGGUGGACUGUUCAUCAUCAUCUUCCUCACUGAUCACACUUGGAGACAAAUGGGCACACAAGAUCAGCGAGCCAGAGGCAGGAUGUCUCUUGAUAGCCACAGAGAAGCAAGACGGAGUCCACAUCUUCGAAAAGACAGUGGUCCUCAUCCUCUCUGUUGGAGGACCCUCAGGUCCUGUAGGAGUCAUCCUCAACCGUCCAUCGAUUAUGUCAACCAAGGAGACAAAAGCAGCGGUCUUAGACAUGGGGGGAACGUUUGCAGACAAGAGACUCUUCUUUGGUGGACCUUUGGAAGAAGGGUUGUUCCUCGUGAGUCCUAGGAACGGCGGGGACAACGAGGUUGAGAAGAGUGGAGUGUUCAGACAAGUGAUGGAAGGAUUGUACUACGGGAGGAGAGAGAGUGUGGGAUUGGCUGCAGAGAUGGUGAAGAGGAAGUUGGUGGGAAGAAGUGAGGUGAGGUUCUUUGAUGGGUAUUGUGGUUGGGAAAAAGAGCAGUUGAAAGCAGAUAUCUUGAGAGGGUAUUGGACUGUGGCUGCUUGUAGCUCAAGUGUUGUUGAGAUUGGUUCAGAUGUCCAAAGUCAUGGUCUUUGGGAUGAGGUUGUUGGGCUUAUUGGUCCUCAAACUGGCUCUGUUUUCAUGUAAUGAGUUUCUUAACUAGUGGUUUAUAUCAGUGAGUCAUGACUAUACUGUGUAUGUUUAAUCAACUAAUUUUUGAGUAUGAUUGUGUUU